GCGGAAAGUUGGUGGAGUCGGGAGAAGUUGGUGUGUGCGGUAUGGGGGGCUCGUCCAGCCAGCUGUCCAAGGAGCUGAUCAAUGAGUACCAGGAAUUGACGUAUCUCACAAAACAGGACAUUUUAUUGGCUUAUAAACGCUUCAGUGAACUUGUGCAGAAAGAACACCGAAACGACAUAAAUUCGGUACGGGUGCCAAAGGAAACAUUUCUGACCCUGCCCGAAUUAAAGGCUAACCCCUUUAAGCAUCGCAUAUGCCAUGUCUUCUCCACUUCAAAACACGGUGAUGACAGCAUGUCAUUUGAAGAUUUCCUUGACAUGCUAAGUGCUUUCAGUGAAUCUGCUUCCCUUGAGAUCAAAUCUCAUUAUGCCUUCCGGAUAUUUGAUUUUGAUGGCGAUGGUGCAUUAAAUGAAACUGAUUUGGAAACACUGGUGAACCAUUUAACCGGAAUAGAAGAAAACACCAGACUAAGUAAUGAGGAGAUGAAGCAGCUUAUAGAAAAUAUCCUUGAUGAGUCCGAUAUAGACAAGGAUGGCACAAUAAACCAUUCUGAAUUCCAGCAUGUCAUCUCCAGAUCUCCAGACUUUGUCACG